GUUGAUUUGACUUUGUCUUUGUAUCAUAAAUCUUCUUCGUUCGAUCUCAGUGGCUCUGCGGCUUCUUACGCCUUUUUUGGGGUGACGACGCUGAGUUCGAAGAGGGUGUAUGUGAUAAUGAGUUCAGGACCAGGGAAUUUCUGUCUGGUCCACGUCAGCCUCGUGCCUGUGCUUAAUGUUGUUGGUGAACAUGUCAAUUAUAUUACUUUCGUUUUCCCGAAAUGAAGCAGCCAUGAUGUUGACACCAUUUGAUUCUAUUAAACCUCAUUUUGAUUUGUUGUUUUCUUUCAAAAACUAAAGCCGGCACAGCAUAGUGUCCUGAGGUUUGGGCUUGACACCAGAUAUCUUAGCUUGUCGGAGCACAAAGAACUAUUGGAACGAACACAAUCGAUAUCACUGUCUCUUUCUUUAUUUGCUUUGUUUUAUGCUAAUAAAUUUUAUCUGAAAGGCCGUUUUUGUUCUAUCUUCCUGGUGCAGACUGGAGCACAAAUCAUUUACGCCAAAUACUCAGGAACCGAGGUUGAGUUCAACGAUAUUCUCAAGGAAGAUGACAUCGUUGGCAUUCUUGAGACAGAGGACAUCAGAGAUCUCAAGCCCUUGAAUGACUGACUCUUCAUUAAGAAAACUAAAACCGGCACAGCAUAGUGUCCGAGGCUUGGGCUUGACACCAGAUAUCUUAGCUUGUCGGAGCACAAAGAUUUGUCUCAUCUAGAAAUUUUGAGUAUCUUGGUGUUGUUUAUCUUCUAUUUCUGAUACAAAAUUCUCAAAUCUUUUUCUUCAUUAAGGCACUUGAAGAGAAUGUAAAAGAAAAACUAGCUCCAGUUUUGCGAUUGUCCCGGCGGUAAGAUGCUGCUAAUAUUACCCGCUUAUGGUUGUUGUUUCAGCUUGAGUAUCCCUUUUUUCUUUGCCUUUACGAGUAAGAAAAUGGUUACGCUCCCACCGGGGUAGCACCAAAAUUUCUCGGCAUCUCAUCCUCCUGUUGCUGAUAAAGCUGCUAAAGGCUUGAGGAUGUAUUCCCUGCAACGCAAAGGCAACAGGAGCCUAGAAAAGAUAAUAUUGGAAGCUGUAAUGAUUACAUGUUGGUUGAAAGUAUUGGAGGGUUUUGUUGAGAGAGGAGAGCAAGAGCAAAUAUGGCGGCACCAAAUCCAGCAAAUAUGGCGGCGGCACCGAAUCCUCCACUAGAUCUCCCUGAUUAUGUACGAUUUUCUCCCAAGAGUCCUGAAGUGAUCCUUUUGCUCAAGCGUUUCAUACGGAAGGAGGAGAUGCCUCAUUGUGCUGUAAAGGUUCUUGCCGAUUCAGAUCUCCAAGUCACAGUAUCCACUAACGCCUGGACUGCAGCAGCGUAUCCUUAUUUUGAAGAAGAUGAAUACUGGUUUUUUCUGCAUAGGAAACAAGCUUCUAAGGAUAAGAAGAAUGUUGAUAGAAGGCUUGGAGACUUGGGGACAUGGAAGGCAAGGGGCAGGAGUACUAACAUCUACAUUGGUGCGCAGCUGGUAGGCAUCAAACAGAAGUAUGAACUAAUGAAAGGCAAAGUUAAAACUGGAUGGUUCCAAUUCGAGUACACAAGGUUUUCCAACAAGUUCGAGAAAAUCUGUGUAGCCCAUCUCAUCUUUGCCAAGAAGCCUGAAGUGGAUUAUCCUUCUGAUAUCAGUGAAGAAGAAGAAGAAGAAGAAUCUGCUGAUGAGGAAGAGCAGGGUUUGCAGGUACAGGCUCAUGAGCUUGAACUUGUGAAUGAGCAGCAGAGUCUGCAUGAGCAGGUGUUGAACUUGGAAGAAGAAGAAGCUGCUGCUUCUGAUGAGGUAGAGCAGACACUUGUGAAUGAGGAGCAGAGGUUGCAGCAGGUACAGGCUCAUGAGGUUGAACUUGGGAAUGAGCAUCAGGGUCUGCAGGAGCAGGUGGUCAACUUUGCUCAUGAGGAAGCGCUGACAUUUGUGAAUGGGCAGCAGGGGCAUUUUCUGGACGAUGACGAGGAAUGGGCUCGCUUCUUGAACACUGACGAUGAUGGUCUGGCGAUUGAUGACUUGUUCGAAGAUGGUGAUUCAGAAAAGACGCUAGAACAUGUGAACGAGCAGCAGAGUCUGCAGGUUCAGGUGCUGAACUUGGAAGAAGAAGCUGCUGCUGCUGAUGAUGAUGAGGAAGAGCAGACACAUGUGAAUGAGGUGGAGCAGCAGGGGGGGUUGCAGGUACAUGCUCAUGAGGGUGAACUUGGAAGAAGCAGCUGAUGAUGAUACGUGGACUCCCUACUUGAACACGAGAUGUUUGAUGAGUUCUUGGGAGAUGAUAAUUCAGAAAGACACUAGAAGAUUAAAUGAAGCUUCAUGUCGUUGAACUUGUUAUGUUUUGUCCUGAGACUUCUCUUAUGUUUUGUCUUGAGACUUCUCUUAUGUUUUGUCGUUAGACUUCUCUUUUUGGAAACAGCUUUUACCACGUGACUGCA